AUGGGUAAAAAGAAGGGUGUCCGUGUUGGCGUCCGUGUUGGCCAAGUUGAAGCAUUGCACGCAACUCAACCUGGAACCAAGCACCCAAUCGAAUCAUCCAAGGUUAUUCCUGAAGAAAAGAAGACUUCGGCCUUCGGUUCUGAUGCUGAGCUUGAAAAGUCUCUCAAUAAGUUUUUCGGUGGUCCUCCUUUUUUCUUGAUCCUACCUAAUACCAUUAAGGGCCACGCCAAACCUUCGACGGGCAAGAGAGCGUGCAAAGGCCGCUGGCACCCAUUUGUCGUAGUUACUUGGAUGGAUGUACUUUCUGAAGCAACAACCGCAAGUCAAUUUCAGCGCCAGGAAAAUGGCAUGUACCGGUGUCAUGUUAAAGGAAGGUUGAUUGAGAUGUCUGCGGAGAAUUACCACUUCAUCGCAUUGGGUUACCCCCAACGCAUGAUGAAUUCUUCAUACCUGUCUGAGGCACAGAGAGGACAAGAGGCUGCUGGAUUUGUGGGAGAACAAGCCGCCAAUCCUUUCAAUACUGGCGUGAAUCAGCCGCUCAACUCCGUACCCGACCCAAUGGACAUGACCCGAAGCUCAAUUGCAGAUCUCUCACAUCAGACUGAGAAGAGUACCAUGGUUUCAUACCAAAAUGAGAGAGAUAUCAAAGAAACCUCCCAUGUGGCCGAAGAAUUCCAGACUGAAACAACACGGCUUCGCCCUAAUCGCAGACAGGUUAGUCUCCAGUCUCGUCGCAAGCAGGGCUUCUCUGGUCGAACUCCCAUUUUGAUGGCAAACAACCCAGUUAGAUCAGACGAUAACCCGGUCAAAUCUAACGUUCCAACCCACAUUGAUGAUGGCGGUGCAGGAAGCUUGGACAUCCCGAAACAUUCCUCCCCAUCACGAAGGCUCUUUCCCCCCUGGACCCCCUCUCCGAAGAAAGAAUGGCGCGUGCGAGAGGGUCCAGUCGCACCCAAUACCUCCCCUCGUGCAGCGCCGACUAUUCGGUAUUCCUCGCGCGAACUAAUCGAGGGGCCAGCCUUCAUCAAGUCGCUCAUUGAGGGCGGCACAUCGUGGAAAGAACAGGAGGAGCUGUACCAAGCCGAGUUUGGUGUUUUUCGCUCCCAGUUUAGACUUGUCAAAAGGUUCGGCCUGGUCGACAUGAAAAACUGGGGCUUUGGCAAGGGGGCGUUCAAGAAGUCGUCGAGACAACUUAAGUCUCAGUCGACCUCCACCAACGUGGAGCGCCGGGAAUCUAGCCCGAUUGAGGCUUCCCAGGCCAUCCGCCGCGCGCGGGAGAAGAAAAGGGACAAGGGGAAGAAAAGGGACCCCGGCCCUUCCGACCCUGCUUCGAACCCAAAUCUCGACAAACGAAUCGAGACCCCGCCAGCAGGGGACAGAAGGAAUAUGAGCUUUGGGGGUGAUGAUACUCCCUGA